CUUUCCAGCCUAGCCUUAUCUUAGUCUGCACGUUGCCUCACGGUGACUAAUACCACAAUAACAUUGUCUAAGGAUAAUAUAAAUUGAGGGCUGUUUACAAACUCUAUGGCGGUUCAAUAUAAAAAGGGGUUGGAAAGCUGGAUGCAUCACAAUUACUUUGAGACCUCUCAGGACUAACAGCCCCUGAAUUUCUUCUUUAUUAUAUUGGACUUUGGAUACCUGCUUCAGAGCAUUUCACCUCGUUUUUCUUCUAUCCAAACUGGAGAAAGUCAUAUGAAUAUUUUGAACUUUUUAUUAUUUUUUUUUUAAGGAAAAAAAGGGAAAUAACAUAGGUAUUUAAAAUUAUUUAUUGACUUUUUUUUGGAUUAUCAUUUUUUUUUUUGGUAAAGAAAUAUUCCAGUCUUAUAAUGGAUCUUAAAAUGGCUAUUUAUAUCCUGGUGGUUUUACAACAAGUGACUACGGAAUCAGUAUCAGGCAGUAGUAUCUCUCUCCCAGAGGAAGGGACUUCAGUUGCAGAGAAAGAUUCACCCCAGUCCUCUAGCGCCCCCUGGCAAAAGCGCAGAUUCAAACGCUGCUCCUGCUCCUCACUCAUGGACAAAGAGUGUGUCUACUUCUGCCACCUGGACAUUAUUUGGAUCAAUACUCCUGAGAGAACUGUCCCUUAUGGUCUUGGAGGACCUCGCAUGAAACGCGCAGUGCAGGACACAGACAGUGAAACAAUCCUUGAGUCUACAAACCGGUGUAUGUGUGCCAGAAAUACAGACAAGAAAUGCUUGGACUUCUGCCAAACUGCAGGAGAACUCAGAAUCCAGUCUUCUCAUGGAAUUGGACAAAAACAGGUUCAACGGGUCACUGACUGUGGUGGUCUCCAUCUUGGAGGGCUAUGCAUCCAGAAACUUCACAGAAACCAAAAACUAAAAAGAUCUGAAGAAAUGAAACACUCGAUGAAAAGCUCAUUUGCCUUUGCUAGGCUUAUGAGGAAGCUUAACGAAAAGAAAGAUCAAACACAUCAGUGGACACACAAAAAGAGAGGAAUUUGGAAACAUAUUAAGACAACAUCAUAGUAGUAAAUAGAUCACUGAUAUUUGAAAAAUAUGCAUGGGAGGGAUUGCUGUCAAAGAGCAACUUGUCCUAAAUUCUACUUGAUGGUCCAAAGCAUGGGAAACAAAACUACACCUUGAAAGCUGGCAAUAGGAGUUCAAGCCUGAUGAGUCUGUGUCUAAUACUAUAAAAUAAAUAUUAUUCUGGGGAACUUAGCGCACAACUCUCCAGAUAGGAAGUACAAUGUCGCUGGAACAUUUGCUCGGAAGGAUGGAUUUUAAUCAAAUGUUGAGUGAUCAACCAAACAAGCAGGAUUUAGAAAAAAAAAGACACGAUAAAACACUGGAGCUUCAGAAAAAAAAAAUUCAAACCUUUAUCUACAUACAGGGAUCCUCAUAUGAGGAUUUAUCUGCAUUGCUAAUGGACAGUGACAAGAUAUGCCACUAAAGGAGGACAUCAUUCAUGCAUACGUGUCUACCUCAAAUGCAAAACUCAGAAGAGCUUCCAUUCUUUGCUUCAAUUUGGCUGAAAAACACAACUUUUGUCUUAAAACUUUACCUUCUUUAUAAAAAAAAGUCACUGGAGCUAAUCAAAUCCUUGACAUCUAGGACUUCUGGUUUGUUUAGUGGCUAGUUGGUGUAGUCAUGUCAAGACUCAGAGAGUGGAGUUGAGUUUGGUAAAUUACUUACAAACUGAAAUUUGGUCAUAUGUAGCAGCAGUAAAACUGCUUGCAUACGAGUAAUUUGCCGUUUCUUAAAUAAAUUUAUUAUUAUGAAUAUUUUUUAAAAUAAAUAUUUAUAUUAUUUUUAAAGUGACUAUAUUUACUGUGUUAAAUAUACAUUGGGCAGGCCAUAUUGGUCUAUGCAUGUUUACUGUAUUUCUGUAUGAAAAAAUAACUUUUGUGCCUUGAAUGGUAACUAUGUUAAAAUAAAUAUUUUAUAACCCUA